UUUAAUUGGAUAAAUAAUGGUAGCCGCGUCUUUAAAGUCAAUCCACACAUGCUCCCGAGCAUUGCCUCACGAGAGUCGGAGAACAGUACAGCGUAUACAUUCACAUGCAACGGUUGUGUGAAAUAUAAUAAAAAACAAACAAUGGGUUCCAUCACUAUCACGCUGUCCGUACUCGCCGUGUGCAUCGUCGCCUUUACAGAUGCCGCUUCAGGGAGUUGUCCGUUACCUUCAAAGAUCUACAGCUGCAGUCCUAAGUGCGUCCAGAACUACGACUGUAGCCACGGCAAGGUCUGCUGCCCUAACUCCUGCAACACCAAGUCCUGCGUCGACCUAGCCACAUUCGGAGGCGCUAAUAACGGCAAGGAUAAAUAUUCACAAUCGGGCGGCGCCGGCGUGUACUGCAACAAUCAGAAAUGUAACUCCUUUGAAGUUUGCAAGUUGGAUCCAGCCACAAAGAAAAUGAAGUGCAUGAGAGCUUAGAUGGAAUUAAAUAAACCUAACGUAUAUCAAAACAGUUAUGUUCAUACAUUUACAUUUAUAUACAAAAUAAAAUAUUUGUUUGUGAAGAA